AUGAGACGUAGUCUUCUGUGGCUACUAUUAGCUGCUAUUUUGGAUGAUGAUGAAAAUAGUAAACACGUUAUAGAAGCAGAAAGUUUAGAAAAACUAUGGAAUUACAAGACCGUUAAAGAGAAAAAAGUCGAAUUAGAAAAGAACUUAGAGAAGCUAAGAAAAAAGUUUGAGAAGGAGCAGCAAAACCUUGUUCAACAGCAUGAAAAGAGAAGAUCUCAGUUGCAAAAGUCGUAUUCGAAACUUGUUAAAAAAAUCUCGACCAAGGGAAUCUCAUCUUCUUUAGAGAAACCUUUCCAUCACUCAAUGUUCUCAAUCCCAGCUCCCAAGCCAAGAGAAACUGGAAUGUUUUCAUGGUAAGACUCUUGUUAUUCAAGUAAGGAGGAUAACCUGAUCCUCAGAAAUAUAAAAAUCUUACAUCUUAAAUAAUUUCUUGUUCAUAAAUGAAAAUAACUAUGUUAACUAAUACGUAACUUGGUUAUGGGUAAAGAAUGUCGAAUAAUUCUGGAAACGAGGCAUUCUUGUUUUUGAAGGUCAGACACUAUUUGUGACUGGAAAUUAUGAUUUUCAGUUUGAGGGGAUAUCUUUGCUCUUUAAGAAGCUGCAUUAUUUAAGAGAGACAGGUUGGAGUACCCUAGAUCUUAUAAAUAUCAAGAAUUCAUUCAGUGAAGAUGAAAGGAUAUUAUUUUAGUAUAUGCUACUGGCCAUAUACUACGGUGUACUAGUCAGAAUAGUUGUGCCAUGUAAUGCAUUAUUACCAAAACAGACUGCUGAAACAGAUCCUCAAUCUAGAAUCAAUUUAAGUCAUAGAAAGAUCAGUAUUUGAUGUGCCAUGAUAUCCAGUAACAUGGUGAUGAAACAUUUGUUGGAGACAACCAUACAUAUUGCUUUAUUACUUGACUAAUAUAAUAUUAUUAGAAGUCAGUGACC